AUGGUUGAUAAAAACGUGAUUGAAAUUGGAGCUGGAACAGGGUUGGUCUCCAUUGUGGCAAGUUUACUGGGUGCUCGUGUGACUGCGACAGACUUACCUGAGUUACUUGGAAACCUGCAGUAUAAUAUUUCCUGCAACACCAAAAUGAAAUGCAAGCAUUUGCCUCAGGUUAAGGAACUCUCCUGGGGAGUAGCUUUAGAUAGAAACUUCCCCAGGGCCUCCAGUAGUUUUGACUAUGUCCUGGCAGCGGAUGUUGUCUACGCCCACCCGUUCCUAGAAGACCUCCUCCUUACCUUUGACCAUCUGUGCAAAGAAACGACCAUUGUCCUCUGGGCCAUGAAGUUCAGGUUGGAAAAAGAAAAUAAAUUUGUAGAUAGAUUUAAGGAGCUGUUUGAUCUGGAGGAAGUUUCCAGCUUCCCUAGUCUGAAUAUUAAGUUGUAUAAAGCUGUGAAAAAAAAUCGAAGGAAUGCAUAA